AUGAUAUUUCUGUUGAGAAUUUUACUGCUGUUUGCCAGUCUAAAUUUCGGGAACAGUUCAAAACUCGUCGUUAUACUAAUGGACGGUUUACGGUGGGAUUAUUUCGACAACGUGGAUAUGCCUGGGUUCGCUGAAAUGGCACGGGAUGGUGUGAAGGCGGAGUACAUUAUCCCUGACUAUCCAUCGAUAUCUUAUCCUAACUUUUACUCCAUUAUGACAGGUCUACAUUGCGAAUCCCAUGGAAUGGUAGGAAAUUUCAUGUACGAUACCAUUCAUGACAAAAACUUUCUAAUUGGUCUCAACCCUGACCAAAGUCUUCCUUUUUGGUGGGAUGAUGCAGAACCAUUAUGGGUCACAGCGGAAAAACAAGGGAAAAGGUCCUUUAUGUUUUAUUGGCCGGGCUGUGACGCAAUAAUACGGGGAGUGAGACCAACAUAUUGUGAAAAAUAUACACGUGCCACACUGCUAUCAGAUUUUGAAUACUCACUUCAGAAAACUAUGGAACUUCUCAGGAAUGAUUCUGCUGAUUUGAUUGGGAUAUACUUAGAAGUUCUGGAUUUGUUUGGACAUCGUUACGGUGUAAAUUCGGUGGAAUUAAAUAAAAUGUUGGUAGAUGUUGACAAAACUUUAAGUUAUUUUCGCCAAAAUUUGACGUCAUCUGGUCUUGAUAAUGAAGUAAAUUUGAUGAUUUUCUCUGACCACGGAAUGAUCAAUACUACGAAGAAAGUGAACAUCACUGAUGCCUUGAACCUUACAAAUAUAAAAAUCAUAUUUCAAGAGCCAUCUUUUUUAACAAUCUGGCCAGAGGAAGGAAUGAUUGAAAAGGUAUACAACGACUUAGUGAGGGCAAACAAGCCAAACAUUACAGUUCACAAAAAAGACUCCCUUCCUGACCGUUAUCAUAUAAAGAACCAUAGACGAACCGCGCCCAUUGUUAUAGAACCUGACAAUGGCGUGGCAGUGGUUUCUCCUUGGAAAUGUAGCGAAUGUAGUGUUAUUCCACCGGGAACCAAAGACAUAGGUAUCCAUGGAUUUGACAAUUUAGUUCCAGAAAUGCGGGCUACUUUCAGGGCUUCUGGACCAGCAUUUAAGAAGAACUAUCAACAUAGACCAUUAGCAAACAUAGAACUUUACCAAAUUAUGUGUAACGUUCUAGGAUUAAAACCCAAUGCACAUAAUGGAACUUGGAAUAAUGUGAAAUAUAUGUUGGCUAAUGGGUCCCCAUUCCAUGUAUCCUCGAUUCUAGUGAUCCUUAGUGUAUCUUGCAUAAUUCUAGCACUGUUUUAA